CGAAAAACGCCGGGAUGGCUGCUCUCAUGCUUCGCUGAUUCGCUCUGUCUCUGCCGUCUCUGCCCAUACUAUGUUUAUGGAACUAACCUAAUCUUAUUUUGCAUCAUUUUGUAUUUAGUUGUCAGCGUAUAAAAUUUACGAAAUUGUCUAACAAAACAGUUAUCAAGGAAAUGGCUCAGAGUAUGGAAGUCAUCGAAUUAAUGUCAGAUGAAGAGGAGAAAAAUACAAGGAAAGCCAAAUCUAAAGUAUACAAUAGUAAUUGUAUUAAUUUUAAAUGUCGCUCUGGGAUAAAUAUGAAAGUGGCACCUUCCUUCGCAUGCGCAUUCUAUGGAGUUUCACUCGAAAAGAAAAAGAAACGUAUUAUAUGUAAAGAAUGUUUUGAUAAUGCGUUGGAACAUCAGAAGCAAUUGGUAAAAGCCUUUGUAGAAAAUAGAUCACUGUUAGACUGUUACUUUCCCGAUCAUACGAUGGAAGUAGAAAUUUCUGACAGCGAUGAUUCUGAAGAUGAGAAAAAAAAGGAGUCAGAUAAUAACGAAUACAUACCAGAAGAUAUACUUUUAGAUAUCAAGAGUAAAUUAGAUGACACAUUGUCAUGUAUUUAUAAAAAAUACAAUAUGGAGCAGCAUGUUAAAGUGGCAUGUGAAACCUUAAAGAGGAGAUGGCGAGAUAUAUGUGCGGCGAAUGAUUCUCUUAACACCGAAAUACGGGAAAUGAUGCGUACUAUGGAUAAAUUGCGUAACAACAUGUACGAAGACUUUAGACCGCAAAUCAAGAUGCUCGAGGAAUUGCAAUUAAACGACGAGAUCACGGAGGGCGCCCAUCCACUUGUAGCAACGAAGAAAGUAACGCAAGUACGCGUUCCGCCUUCCUCGUUAUUGCAAGACAGUCAGCUGGAAGUUUUAGCGAUUGAACCGUCGGGCACUAAGGAGAUGAUAGCUCCCAAAUUACCGCCGACUGGUCCACUCGUUAAACGAGCCCCAGAGAUAGACGAUAUCGUUUACAUCAUGAAAACUCCUGUUAUGCCGUGGAUUAAAGCAAAGGUAUUGAAUAUAGUUUCAAAUCCAUGGAGCGUUCGCGUGAGACUUAUACAGAAGAGGUAUAACUCAGCGGUCAAGACCGUCCCUGGCAAGCUUAUAGCGAUAACCGAAGUAAGUCAAGUUAUGAUCCCAGUUGGAACACGAGUCGUGGCUAUAUUUCACGAUGACGUUUCCAAUAAUUACUACAGUGGAAUAAUCGCCGAGACACCAAAAUCCAUAAAUAAGUACAGAUAUCUUGUAUUUUUCGACGACGGUUACGCUCAGUAUGUCGUUCAUAAUGACAUCUUGCUGGUUUUGGAUACUUCGCCACGCAUUUGGGAAGACAUUCCCAGCGAAUCGCGCGAGUUUGUGAAGAAAUACUUAGAAUCAUAUCCCGAGAGACCAAUGGUAAAAUUGCAACCAGGUCAAAUGGUUAAAACCGAAUGGAAAGGUAAAUGGUGGCUUGCGAGAGUCGUGCAGGUUGAUGCGAGUUUAGUGCAAAUGCAUUUUGACGCCGACAAGAGAACCGAAUGGAUUUACCGUGGAUCAACUAGACUGGGCCCUUUGUAUCUCGAGGUACUAAAAGCCAAUGCAAGGCAACAACUUCAACAGUCCGGCAACGCGCAUACUCGACAUCGUAUUCCUGCUACGUCUAAUAAAAACAAUUUGCCUUACGUUGAAUAUACAUCCAACGUGGAGGAAGAUGUCACGCAAAAUGUGCAAGCGGAGAAAGCAACAGUUGCUACGAGCGUGACAGCUAGUACACCAUCCACUGCACCGCAACAGCCACGUGCAGUAGCCAAAAAAAGUACUGCUAGAAGGCAAACUAGUGUAGAUACAAUUACAACAUACAAUUCUACCGUAGAAACAAAACCAUCACAUAGUAUUGUUUUUUAUCAUACACAGAGGAAAUACGAACCGAAAAAAUACGUUCUUCACAAGUGCGGGUCAAAAUGUAUCAAAGGCAUUAAGGUUUCACACGACGAUCUGAAAGGACUCUCUCCACUCUCUAUUCCACUGUUGUGCGGCUGGCAUCGUCAACUUUGCAAAUUCUCCAAGGGCAAGAAAGUUAUAUUGUACCAGACACCGUGCGGCGUUAGAUUGCGAAAUGUGGAAGAACUGCAUCGUUAUCUCCGUAUGACCAACAGUACAUUAUCCGUCGAUCUGUUUGAUUUUGAUUACUGGGUGCGCGCUUUCGCCGAUUUCGUCGUGGAGAAGUGUUUUAUCAAUAUCAAGGAUCUCAGUUAUGGCGUGGAGAAUGUGCCGAUACCAUGUGUGAAUGACUUGGAUCACACUCAACCAGAUACCAUAAGAUAUACUACACGUCGGGAGCCAACGGAAGGUGUUCAUUUAAAUCUAGAUCCAGCGUUCUUGUGCAGUUGCGAUUGCGAAGACGAUUGUCAGGAUAAAGAGAAAUGCCAGUGCUGGCAGCUAACGAUAAAAGGGGCAACUCUGGGUGGAAAAAUGCCAAACACCGCUGUCGGUUACAUGUACAAGCGCUUGCCCGAACCGGUGACCACGGGAAUCUACGAAUGUAAUUCGGGAUGCAAGUGCUCUGUGAAAACGUGUCUCAACAGAGUAGUGCAGCAUCCUCUCAGAUUAAAAUUGCAAGUGUUUAAAACAGGGCCGCGCGGUUGGGGCAUAAGAUGCCUCAAUGACAUUCCCCAUGGCGCUUUUAUCUGCAUCUACGCAGGGAGAUUACUUACCGAACAGGGUGCAAAUGAAGGGGGCAAAAAUUACGGUGACGAAUAUCUGGCAGAAUUAGAUUAUGUGGAGGUAGUAGAAGGUUUCAAGGAGGGUUACGAAAGCGAUGUUCUCGAACCCGAAAUGCCAACGUCACCUACUGAAAAAGAUAAUAAGAAGAAAACUACCGACGUGAGCGACGAGGAGGAUAAUACAAAGGAAAGCACUAAUGGCUCGGACGAAGAUUUCAAUAUUGACAAUUAUGUGGCUUCUUGCAACAAGGAUUUGUUGGAAACAACCGCAGAAUCUUCGUCUAUUAGGAAACGUCUAAGGAAACGGAAAAGAGACGAGAUAGACAAUCAGCCAGAUAUAUCUGAAGAAAACAGCGAAGACGGAAGCAUUACGAGAGAUUUGGAAAACACGACAAAAGUAUCCAUGAAUGAAAAUCAGGAUACGAUUAAUAUCAGUGACGACGAUGAUAGUAGAAAUGACGUAAGAAGAGAGCCAAGUAGAUUCGAACCUAGUGUAGAACCAAAACAAAUAGAGAGAUCAACAUUCAAGUCUGUGAGAGAUUAUUUCGGCGAAGAUGAAGCCGUUUAUAUUAUGGAUGCUAAAACGACUGGAAAUAUUGGCCGUUAUUUAAAUCAUUCUUGUGAUCCAAACGUGUUUGUGCAAAACGUAUUUGUCGAUACACACGAUGUGCGUUUUCCAUGGGUAGCCUUCUUCGCCUUACAAUACAUAAAAGCUGGACAAGAGCUUACAUGGAAUUACAGUUAUGAUGUGGGAAGUAUACCGGGUAAAGUGAUUAUUUGUAAAUGUGGUGCAGCUAAUUGUAGAGGCCGUCUUUUGUAAAUUGUGCCUUUUGUGGUAACACUUUUUUUUACAUAUAUAUAAAUAGAACUUGCUUUCUCUAGCAAUGUUGAUAGUAGAUAUAUGUAAUACAGACGUCAUAUUAUAAUCAUAAUUUAUCUUUAUUGGAAAAAAGUUUGCAACAGAAAUAAACAAGUACAGGAAGACAUGAAA